AUGACGACCAUCAUCAUUCAAUCCACUUCCUCUGAGCCCUGGUUGUCAUGGACCCAUCCUGGGGGGGAACUAUCCUGCCUAGAUUUAGAAGAUUGGCGCUCAAGAAUUUUUAUGCAAGGGCCUUUCAGUGCAGGAGGAAGGAUCACCCACUGCAAACAACCAGAUGAAAAGACUUGUCACCUCACUGGUGUGGCCAGAAGAAUCCUUGGGAAAAAUGAUGAUGUUUACCUGGCUGAUGAGUCAGAGCGAGAGGAAUACGUACUAAGUGAUAGCACUAUCAUAUACUGUGGAAAUUAGGAUUACAUUGGUAAACUGGGCUGGAACUUGGGGCAGUUUGAGGAAGAAAUGUUGCCAAUCUGUUUGCUCAUUCUGGAAAAACAAAAGUUGGUAGAUGUAUCCCUUUUACAUGAUCCAAAGACAGUAUCAAGAGUGUGUAGUGCAAUGGUUAACAGUAAUGGUGACAAAGGAGUGAUUCAGGGCAACUGGAGUGGGGAUUAUGCUGGUGGUCGUAGCCCUACAAGCUGGUCAGGAAGUGUGGCCAUACUGAAAAAGUGGGAAAGUUCUGGUCCAGUUCAAUAUGGACAGUGCUGGGUCUUUGCCGGCGUACUAUGCACAGUGAUGAGAUGCCUGGGCAUUCCAAAUCGCAUCGUCACCAAUUUUUCCUCUGCUCAGGAUACCAAUGAGAAUCUCAGUAUUGAUACUUUCUAUGACUCAGAUGGGGAAAAUAUGGGAGGUGAGGACAGUAUAUGGAACUUUCAUGUAUGGAAUGAAGCUUGGUUCACCAGAGAUGAUAUAGGAUCUUAUUAUGAUGGAUGGCAAGUUCUGGAUGCAACCCCACAAGAGAAAAGUGAUGACAUUUAUCGGCUUGGACCAACAUCAGUGAAGGCAGUAAAGGAAGGAGAUGUUCACCUAAAUUAUGAUGGUCGUUUUGUAUUGGUCGAGGUGAAUGCAGACAAGAACUCCUGGAUCCGCCAUGAUGAAGGAGAAUCUUUUGAGAGAAUUCAGACUGACAGUAGCGCCGUUGGAAAAAGUACCAGCACAAAGGCUGUUGGCUCUAGUGCUCGCAUCGAUAUUACUUCCAGCUACAAAUAUGAAGAAGAAAAAGAAAUUCCAUUCAAGAUUCCUUACAGCAAAUACAUAAAUAGUCUCCUGGAUGACAAUGUGAUAGAGGUGACAGCUCUGUGUAAGUGGGAUGAGACAGAGAAACUGCUAAUAUCCCAAGUUAUUACAUUAAAAAAUCCACCAAUCAACAUUAAG